GCGUCCCGAAACAUGGACUUGGACGUUCCGAGGAUAAUCAUUGUGUAGACCGUUUCCGCCCUGCAGCUUGCGAAACUAACCUUCUCGUGAACGAAAGACGGAUAUGACAGUGCGACGAAUCGAGUAGUCGAUUCGGAACGAUUCGCGGCCGAGCUCGAUCCGAACCGCGAUCCCGAGUUUCUCAGCGAGGCCACUCGCGCGAGUGAGGGCGGCAGUAUCGUUUCAGCCGUCGGUCCGUGCGGUCGCUUUUGCGGCGUAGUCUGUGAUUUUUUAGUGUAGCUCCAGAUAAUCCAAGUUAAUCUACAAUGGCGGAUCAGCUGACGGAAGAACAGAUCGCCGAGUUUAAGGAGGCAUUCUCACUGUUCGACAAAGACGGCGAUGGCACCAUCACGACCAAAGAGCUGGGCACCGUGAUGAGGUCGCUAGGACAGAACCCCACAGAAGCCGAACUUCAAGACAUGAUCAAUGAAGUAGACGCGGACGGAAACGGCACGAUAGACUUUCCCGAGUUCUUGACAAUGAUGGCGCGCAAGAUGAAGGACACGGAUAGCGAGGAAGAAAUCCGCGAGGCCUUCCGCGUCUUCGACAAGGACGGCAACGGCUUCAUCUCCGCGGCCGAGCUGCGCCACGUCAUGACCAACCUCGGAGAGAAACUCACUGACGAGGAGGUCGACGAGAUGAUUCGCGAGGCCGAUAUCGACGGCGACGGCCAGGUCAAUUACGAAGAGUUCGUCACCAUGAUGACGUCGAAGUGAGCCGCCGGCUAGUGUGUGUGUAAAAAGCAGAGAAUUUAAAUAUACAUUUUGUUUCAUGACACACAAUAUUAGCAUCGUAUUGGACCUGCAUUUCUCUAGUGUUUGCGAUAAAUUAAAUACUGUCAUCGUUUCAGUUAGGAAGUUCGCGCGGCGGCGCGGGCGGCCCCUCGCCCCCCGCCCCGCCCCCUCUUUUUAUUUAGAUUUAAAGUAUUCCGUUAAUUUAACUAUGUAAGAGAAGUUUAACUGUAGCGGUACAAAGGGAAGACGUCCGGUGUGCGUCGCAAUGUGAUGGUAUAAGUGUCGGGCUCGUGUCGGCUCCUAACUUAUAUUUGUGUAUAUGUGUGCGUGCGUGCCUCUGUGCGCGGCGCCCGCACCUUCCGAUGCAUACACUAUAUAUAUUUAUAAAGUACGUGAGAAAAAAAAUCAUUGGAAAAUCCCAAAAAAAUGUGUAUUCUGUGUCCGCAAGUAGCCAGCCCGAGGCGACGCCUCGCUCGCUCGCUCCGUGUACAUUCAUUAAUGUAAUAAAUGUUUAAAAAAUUUAACUAACUCGGUUAAACGAAUAAAUUAGAUUUAUCGAUACUGCAUUGUAAUUGUAUUUGUGUAAAUGACUUAAUAAAAUAUUAUUAUAUUUCUAUUGUUGGUAAAAACUUAAUUCUAUCGAAAUGGAAAGUAAAUCCGCUCUGUUAUUAUCUUACCACGUUUGAUUCAUUCUGUUAUAAAAUUUUACAAAAGACAUACUGAAAAUAAAUGUUUCUUCAUUUUUAGGUCAAUAAG